CUUUCUUUGCCUUCAUGUUGUAUUUAGUCAGUUCUGUCGCCCUCACAGCAUGUUGGACAUGUGUGUGCGUGUUGGCAUGCGGAGCUCAUUUGAUCUUUUUGGCGAUUUUUAUACAUCCUAAGACGAUAUCUGAUAGUCGACUCGGAAGUCAGUACAAAGUACAGGAUCGGUGCCUUUCACUAGCCGAUAUUUGCCUUCCAACUCAAGCGCAGUCUGCAAUAUGAGGUUAUAAUGGGUAAGAAGAAGGUUUUAGAUCAAGAUUGUGAGAUGAAAGUCGACAAAAAGGAAAAGAAGACAAAACAAGCAGUCUGUGACAAUGGUGCAGAGAAAGCAGUACAAAAAAGUUCCAGUCACGAAAAGAAGAAAAAGAAAAAAGAUAAGCAAGUAGAAUCACCAACCCAACAUGACAAAAAAGGUGGAACCAAACAGGACAAGAAGUCCAAGAAGAGGAAGGCAGUUGAAGAUGUGAUCAUAAUCGAAGAUGAAGCCAUGAAAAAAUCACCAAGUUCUAAGAAGAAAAAGAAGAAACAAGAUACGCAAGUAGAAGCUGUAUUAUCAACUAAAGGGGACAGUCCUCUUACUGAUGAGAUAAAACCUAAAAAGUCUAAAAAGAGGACAGAAACAGAGGAUGUCACUGUUUUCGAACAUGCAGGGAUACAGGAGGAACUUGCUAAGAAGACAAAGAAGGCAAGUAGAAAAGAGAGAAAAAAAGAGAAAUCAUCUGCAGCUGUUGAAGAAGGAGACAAAACAAAGAAGUCCAAAAAGUCCACGAAGAAGAAGAAAGGAAAGGAUGCCACUGUGGUAGAUGAUGAUGAACCAAGCUCAAAGAUAAAGGAAGCAGAUCCAUCUGUUGUAGCUGAGUCUUUGGAAACGCCUGACGGCCUCCAAAAUGGCAGUGAUGCAAAGCAGAAGAAAAAAUCCAGAAAGAGAAAAUCAACUGAAGACAAGGUGGAGAAUGCCGAGGUGGAGGGUGAAUCCCAAGAAACGAGUACCAAGAAACGAAAGAAAGAAAAAGAGAAACAAUCUCUGUCACACUCAGAGGAUGGCACUACUCAUGCCAAAGAUGAAGGUGGAAAAUCUAAAAAGAAGAAAAAGAAACAAAAAGAUGACAAACCCCACAGUGUAGGUGAUGUUGAAAAGUUGGAUAAAACAGAAAGGAAGAAACAAAAAGAGAAGAAUCUCAAAAAGUCAGAGAGCACUUCUGACACGGAGAGACCUAAGAAGAAGAAAAAGAAAAAGCUUGAACUUUCUGAUUCCAUGGAAAAGAAACCCCAAAAGGCUGACAUUAAAGACUCAAUGAUUAACUCUAAGUCUACCUCCAAGACAGAUGUCAAGUCUGAAAAGAAGGCAAAGAAGAGAAAGUACAAGGAAAUAGAAGAAGUAAAAGAAGAUAAGCAACCAUCUUCAUCAGAACCCAAAGCUAAGAAGGACAAAAAGAAAGAGAAAAAGAAAAACACCAAAGGCAAUGCUGAAAACAAGGAACAUGUUAACAGUGCGGCAUCCUUAAUAACUGUGAAACAGGAAGUCAAUGAAGAAAAGGUCCCAUCUAAAAGAAAAAGAAAGUCUUCAGAAAGUUGGGACUAUGGCAAGUACACAAACAAUGGCAAGACAAAACAGUACGGAUCUGUGGAGUACACAAAUGUAGGGUUCAACUAUGACAACAGUGGUGACGACAAUGUGACGGUUGUGAGUGUGAAAGAGGGGAACCCAGAUGGACUGGGAGAAUUGGAGAGAGAGAAGAGAAGAGAGCUGCAGAAAGAGGUAGAAACAGUGACAGGGAAGAGAGAAGAUGAACAGAAAGAAAAAAUCAAGGGAACCGAAUCACCAACACCCAUUGUGAAGACAGGGCAGUGGUCCACUGCCUCACUUGGUAGUGUAGAGAGGCAGCAGAAAUUCUUCAGGCUCCUGGGAGGCAUGAAGAGCACACCUGACAAGGACAACCAAUCAAGUGCCGCGAAGAAAACCCCACUGGGACACAACCAAUCACCUUUCAGUUUCAAGAAAUCAACCAGCCAAUCAAAUUUCAGUUCAGGCUCACCCCAUUCCAGGAUGGCCAUGGAUAAGUCGGAAGAGUCUAGCGUAAAUAAAAUGCUAGAAACACAGUUUCAAACAGCAAUGGACAGGAAAGUCACCAAAGGAAAGGUGUCAGGAUUGGGAUAUAUUGCCCAAGAGGAUCCAAAGACUAAGUCAUUCUUUAUUGAUAAGAAUGCUUCUAAAUCCAUUAAAUUUGAUGAUUAGCAUAGUUUAGAUGCAGUAAAAGACUGUUGCUCAAAAUUUAAAAAAAAGCAUCUUGAAAGAAAAAAAUUCAAUCCGAAGUCAGUUUACCAUCAAAUAGCAAGGAUUCACUAGCAUCCAGACUGUAAGCAUUACAACUCAACUUUGAGCUGUGCAAUCUGUAAUUUAGUGUAAAUCUAUUACAGCAUUUGUGCCUUGUAUGUUUGUCAAAAUUAAAAGACAUAGUUUGUAUUUGAAAGCUGUAUUGUUGUAUACACACAUGUAGGAUUUCACUUAGUGGACAGCCGAAUGAAUACUUGACUAGUAGAUGCUAAUAAAAUGUGCAAAAAUUAGAUUUUUUAAAUAUUUUUUUGAAUCAGUUCUACUGUUUUUGUGAACAAUCGUGAAAUUAAACGUAAAGUAGGAAAAGUGAUACAUGUACAAAUGCAUAUGCUGCUUUGGCAAUAACAUGACAUUUUACAUGUAUUUUGAAAAAAAAAAUGUCUUAGUUUUGUUAAGUAAAUAUUAGACCUGACUUGUUCUUGUAUUUCAAUUCAUGUCACGUAACGGUUUAUGUUCUUGCACAGGUACAACUGCAUGAGUUUGUGUAAACCCUGUAAAAUAGCUAUAAAAGAAUUUUAGGAUAUAUUAUAAAUAUAAGAAUUACAAAUUACUGUAUCUCUAGGCUCACCUUUGUUCUACUAGAGGAUCCAAAGACUAAAAUCAUUUUUCAUGGAUAAGAAUGCUUCUAUACAUCCAUUAAAUUUGUAAAUUAACACAAUGAUACAGUAAGGCCAUGGCACGUAAAUUUAAUGGAUGACAUCCUCUGCAGACUCCAAAUUUAAUGUGAUAGGGCGAAAACAAAACAAGGCGGGCA